GCCCACGGCUGAGCAAGGCCCAUGAGCGAGCAAGGCCCCUGGCAGCAACGACAGCGAAGACUUGCGCAUCGUGUCCACGGAUGCUGUGUCGACAUUUGCUUCUGGGAAAGCGAUGGAAUGGUUGCUUGGAUCCCGGCGUUUCAUCCAACAAGCGUCGCGCUGUCCCAACAAGGGCUGCUUGUCGCUGCCUUGACGGCUGUGGAUCCAUGUCGCUUGCGCUGCGACCAAGGGCCGUCCACAAGCAGCCAGUCGCACCGUCGUCGCACCGCCAUCGGGUGCCUGCCGAAAAACUGGGGUUCCACUGCUACGGUCAAGUUGAAUCAGCUCUCUGUCUCGAUAACCUCCCAAACAUGCGCUUGCUCAACACCUUCACCGUCUUGGCCAUGGCCCUGGUCGCUACCAACGCCGCUCCCCAGCCCGUCCACCUGAAGCGCGGACUGGUCGUCGAGGCGCACAGCGCCUUUACCUCUCCUACCCCGACCCCCACCGCCACCUGGGAUGCCACUCAGUCCGGCGGCGGUGACUCCCAUGCCACCCUUACCGCAACCGCCACCGCCAUCUCCGGAACCGCAACCGCCCUCUCUGGCUCUGGUGCGGUCGGAACCGGUGUCUCGGGCGGUGUCUCGGGCGGUGUCUCGGGCGGUGUCAUCGGUGGUGCUUCCGGAACUGGCGCCCCUAAUGCCACAGCCACGGGUUCGUCCGGCACUAUCCUGAACGCCAAUCCCGCCCCCAAUGUCUGGGCCCCCCUCGUCGGAACCAGCGCUUUCUUGGCAGCGAUCGCUCUGCUCGCUUUUGGUGUCCGCCACUUCAACAAGGAUAAGGAGCUUGAAGCGAGACGCCAGCAGCUGUCAACAACGACCCUAACCAAUCCCGCCAAUAUCGACCAACCUCGCGAUUACCCGCAAAGCAACUACGUUGAUGGCCCUUACCAGCCGGACACCCACUAUCCUCCCCAAAACAACACCCAUGAUUUGGAGCGCCUAGAUCGCCCUAACGUUGUUCACUCGACCGCAAAUCAUGUCUCUCCGAGAAUCAACGAGUCCAUCAACCAAUCGGAGGGCAUUAACUCCGUUCCGAGCAGCUACCGGCCGCCGGUUGUCCCAAGCCUUGCCAUCCUCAAUCAUGGAGAGAGUACCGCUGUCUCUCGUAACUUUAUCCCCGGCGUGAAGGAGGAGAGAUUGGCAUAA